AUGGGCUCCCUAGGCGACGUGACAGAGCGGAUCUCCGAGCUCGUAAACCCCAAAUGGGGCCAAAAAGCAGAUGCCAACGAGGAAUUAGUCGACUCGGCCCUCAAGGUCAAUACCAAGCCCCUAUGGGCGCAAAUGGCGAAACUCAACCCCCCAGCGCCAAACCCCAAGUGCGUGCCCUUCAUCUGGCGCUACGAUGAAGUCAAACCGACCCUCCUGCGCGCGGGAGAGGUCGUAUCCGAACAGCAGGCCGAACGAAGGGUGCUCAUGCUAGUGAAUCCCGCUCGAGAUGCCCCCUUCACAACCGACACACUCUACGCGGGCCUCCAGCUCGUGAUGCCCAACGAGACGGCCCGCGCGCACCGCCACACGGCCUUCGCCAUGCGCUUCAUCAUCGAGGGCCAAGGCGGCUUCACGGCCGUGCACGGCAAGCGCAUUGGCAUGCAGCGUGGCGACGUCAUCCUCACGCCGACUUGGAACUGGCAUGACCACGGCAAGGACGGCUCUGGCCCCAUGAUCUGGCUCGACGGCCUCGACCUGCCCAACUUCCAGCACUUCCCCGUGCACUUCGUCGAGCACUUCGCCCAGCCGCGCUACCCGGCCGACGACGUCGACUCGACCACCAGCCCUAUCGUCUUCCCCUGGUCCGCCAUGCAGGCCAAGCUGGAUGCUCAACCCGGAGACUGGGCCUCGGAGGAUUACCUCAAGGCGGAUGGACGCGAGGUAUCUCGCAUCCUGGGCGGUUCCGCCGAACGUCUAAACCCCGGUGCCACGUCGCCUGCCGUCCGCGAGACCGCGUCGUCGGUCUACCAUGUCGUGAGCGGCCACGGACACAGCGACAUCAACGGCCAGCGCAUCGCCUGGAAGCAGGGCGACACGUUCUGCAUCCCCUCGUGGAAUCAGUACCAGCAUACAGCUGCGGACGGGUUAUCCGAGCCGGUCUAUCUGUACAAGUUCCAUGAUAAGCCCAUGUUGAAGGCACUGGGCUUUUAUCGUGUCGAGGGCGUCGACGUUGAGACGCUGGUGUCAAAUUAG